GCUCAGUCCAAAGUUUGCCUUCAGCAGCACCCCGCAAGUCUCGCAGCGGCGGCUUCCAUGAUUUUGCUAGUCUGAGUGUCUUCUUAUAGAUGCUUGUCGGUGACAGUGCGACCGAUGGCUUUAUUCGCAGAACGGUAUAUCUCGGACUCUGAGGACAGCGAUGCCUUCAGUGUCGAUAUAGCGGAGCAUCUGUUUGACGGUAGCAGUAACGGCGGCGGUGGCGAGCGCGAGGGUUAUGAUUUCGAUGAACUUGAUUUUCUUUCAAAGCCUGGCGAUCAGGUUCUAAAUAUCGAGAAGGUUGAUACGGACGCGAACUCGAUAUCGGGGCAUGACGCCGAAAUAUUAGAUGAAGCUGGGGUAUUGAAUAGUCCGCCGCAAAAGCAACUUCCGCAGCAUUCACACGCUCAAAAUUCACCAUCACAAAGUCAAGCAGAGCUACAAGCCGUCAGCCGCCACGAUCGAAUAACUCACGAUCCAGGAGGCGACAGUGUCAGUUACGCAUCACCAGUUGAGCGAGAUGAAAGUACGGUGCAGCAAAGCGCGGAAGGCAUGACUGGAGGUCUGGAAAUGAUACCUGAUUCGUUUCGUGACGAUCAAGGCGACGAUGGAGACGUCUCGGAGGCGGAGACGGUAAUGACGCCCAGCAAAACUCGCGAUGCAGAGACGAUUUCUCGAGAUCUGCAUCUACCUGCAAUGAACCUCUUCAGCGACGACUCCUCGCAAUUACCCCCAGAUAUCCCCCUUCUCCCUCGCACUAAUUCUCACCCUACAACUCCACCGCCCGCGGAUGGCUCUGCAAUCGUGGAUUCUACUACCUCUCCCUCACCUUCUCGCGACAUCAGCAGAUUGAUCUCGUCGCCGCUGUCUAGUCCGCUGUCAGAGUUAUCUUCGUUCGAGGAUAUCGAUCUCAGUAGUCUUUUCCCGUCGAGUGGAAACGCAAAUCUUACAGAUAAGGACACAUCAGAGAUGAGCAACAGCAGCAGUAUCAGUACAACUCGCGAUGAUCAAGCAUCAGUUACUACAUCAAACAACUCUGCUACUUCAGAUCCAACGAACUCAGCUACGCAGCGCCAACCCUCCGAAAUCGAGAACUUCGACCCCACCGCGAUCGUCGACGCCAACGGCGGCGAGUUUCAUUUCUUCCGCAAGAGGACGGCGCGGCAAAUCAUGCCGUACCGGUUCGAUCGCCAGAUCUACGAGCAGCAGCUGAAAAGGCGGGGGAUCCGGCCGAUUCGGAUCUCGACCGAGAAGAAGAUCAGCAAGGACGCAGCUCGGGAUCCGGAGGAUUCUGUGUUUGAGAUGCCGUCGACGCUGGAUGAUGCGAGCGAGGGCAGUAGUCGGUUGAUGUCUACGCAGAUCUCAGAGUCUGACAGUGUCGAGAGUCGUGAGCGGAGUGGGCAGAGUUUGGAGAAGCAGAAAGGCACGAAGCGCAAGCCAUCGCGGCCGCAUCUGAGCCCACAUAAGCGCAGCGAUAGGCCGCACAGAAGAGACGAACAGAGAACUGAUCACGAUAUAUACGAGUUCCCAUCGGACAGCCAAACCACGUCUAGUCAUGCGGAUAAUAUCACAGAUACUCAGUCGAGACGUACAUUCAAUCCACCAGCUUCAUCUCCGUCGCGCGGGACUUCAACAUCAACAGCAUCUGCAGCAACUAUACACCCACCCCGCACGCCUUCACCGACGUCAUCUUCGGCAUCCGACGCCAGCAGCUCAAGCGAUCUCUCCGACGAAAGCUCCGACGACUCAUCAGAACUAGAACUCGAACGCUUAAAGAGAAGAGUCCGAGGCGUACUGCCGCCUUCCUUCCUGACGCUUGCGAAUGCCAGUAAACCCUCGAAAGCCGGCGCGCGCUUGUUGCCCUCGCAGAUGCAUCCGGUCGGCGAGGAGCCCAGGAAAGGAGUUGCGCGCCGGAAGAUUGGAUACUCUAGACCUCGGGAAGAGGGGGUGAAUCGCAAUUUCAUAGGCGAUAGCUCGGAUUCUGAUAACGAGGUCGGCAGUAGGAGCUCGAGCGUCUUGCCUGCUUCCCAGCGGUCUAGAAAUAUGUCUACUCCGCGAAGGUUUUAUGAUGAUCUCGAGAGCGAUGCUUUGGAAGUCGCAGAGCACAUUGAUCGGAUGGCUCCUCGCACUAUCCGAACACCUCGCAGCACGCAGUCAUCGGUAGGUCCGAGACGACAACGGACAAAGUCUGGUAAGAAAUCGUCCGGUAUGUCGCGACAGACAACACUUUCCCGCCACUCCAAAGAAAAGCGGCACAAAAAGACAAAACACGCGCGGCAGUCUCGAGCGUACGAAAAACGGCUCCCGAAGAUCGGAAUCCUGGAUGCUUUUCUCACGUCGCAAGAGUCGUCGCGGUCCAGAGCUACUCCGCAAAUCGAUGACGCACUACCGAGCUCUCCUCCGCGAUUCAUCAAGAUCGCGGCUCGUGAAGCAGCAAAGCGGGAUGGGUUCGGACGAGCGUCGCCGUCGAGGAAAACGUUUUAUUUCGACGACUCGGAUGAUAAUGAGACAGUAACUGAUGUUCUCCAGCGAUGGCGGGAAGGUACACACGAAGGCUUUGAAACCGCGUCGCUUGUGUUCACGCGGGGUGACUCCUCACACCCGACUCCUAUGAGCAUGCCUGAUACUGGUAUUGCUGCUACACCAACAAAGACAAACGAGACUGGCGCGGUACCGAGAAGGCGUCUUCCUCCUGGCGUCAUUGCUGUCGUUCCUCCGCCGCCGGGAGUUGUCCAGGUUAUGGGCCCGCCUCUUCAUCCGUUUCGACGACAGCGGCCGUGGGAUUACGAAGAGGUCGAGAGUGGAGAAUACGCGGUGCGACGGCGGCGACGGAAUGUCAAGAUUGACAGGGUGUUUGCAAGUGGUCCGAGACUGGUGCCUGAGGAAGAACUGAGAAGACACAAUCUGCUGCCGAAGCGGUCGAGUACGGACAAGCCUCGAGAGCGGCAAAGUAAGAAACAGACGAUGCUGAAACCACAGCAGAGGCUCAAAGGCUCUGAUCAUCCCCCGAGUUUUAUCAAUUUGGCUGAUGAUGUUGAGGACGACAUACCGCACUUCAACGACGAACCUGUAUCGGCACCGGCGCCAAGUGUGCAGAGACCAGCAACUUCAUCCCAGGUUUCAAUAAGAUCAAACGACCUACAGCCAGACAAAGAGAGACUGAUUUCCGAGUUCAAUUUCCCGGUGCUCAAUUUCUCAGUCACAUUCGACGUCUUCCCCUUACAAGACCAGACGCGGUUUGCUCUUUCAACGUUCGUGGGCCAAGGCGGUCUCGACAAUACUCUCAAUAUGGCACCAGCUUGUGAGAAUUUCGAUGCGAUUCGGCCGACGGAGUUUUACUUCACUGCCGGUGGACUUGUGCUUAUAUGGCAGAACGUGAGCGCGUCGGUUCUCUCGGAAAUUGAAUCUGGGUAUCGGACGAUCCUCGACUGGGCUUUGAGCGAGCAGCAUAGUACAUCACAGCUCACAGAAGAGCAAUAUGGCCAGGCGUACGAGUUUUGCGGGUUUCUGGCGCGGUAUAUCAGGAACAAUCUGGUACACGAAAGUUAUGACAGCAUCAUCAGAUUUGCUGCCGUGAUCAAGCGGCAGACUGUCCAUGUCAGUGAUCUGUUCACGCAGUUUCACGGUCGCACGCCGACUUUCUCGCGGCUGUCGUUUUACAUGCUUGUGUUCCAGCUACUGUUCAUUUACGAGAUAUGUGCGAUGCUGCAGUCGAAUCUGGAUGACUACUCUCAUCUAUCUCUUGAUCGUGAGUUUGUAAACAUUGGCCGGCUCCUGGUGCAGGUUAUGUUGAAGUAUGGAAUGAAGGACCUCUAUCAGUUCUUGCGGACUUAUCGGAGUCGACUGGGCUUGCGUAUCGAUCGCGACGCGUACUUUAUCGAAGUCUGGAUAAUGACGAUAAACGUCAUUGACAGUGCAAGCGCGUUACAAGGUACGACUAUCCCCAGCUUUUGGGAGUUACUGUACUCGUUCUUGGAUGCCAAGUCGCUGGGUGACGCGUUCAACGUCGACAAGUACGAGAAAGUCUGGUACGCCACGUUCAGCAUUUGCCCGCUGUAUCAAUUUGACUCGAAAGGUAUCUCGGACGUCGAGCUCAGUCGCGCGAACUGGACCGCGAUCGAAACAAUGGUGGGUAGACUGCUCAGCAUUCCACGCGAGAGCACAACCAGCCGGGAGUUUGGGUCAUAUUGCCACGCGAGUUUUGCGCGCUGUCUCACGCUCUCUCUUACGUGGAGAUGGUUUGGCUCAAAAGCGUUGGCGACGAUGAUGUAUAGAUUCUUUGCGGUGCGCAAGUUGGAGAAUCUGGAGAGCGAAACUAGUACUGGCUUUCCGGAUUUUUUACUAGACAAAGAUCAUACGCUCGAGCUAUCAAUGUCUGAUACAGUCUUUCAUAUCUUUCUAAAGUAUCUCGCGAAACUUAUCCGCGACACCGGCGAGCGUUCUGAUGCCAAAAAGGUGCUGCCUAGCCUUGUCGGUCUCGUGACCCCCUUGAACGGCCGUCUAUACCCUCGAACGAUGGAGCUGAAGGUCAGCGACCUUGAAGCUCUAGAGAACAACUACAGUCUACUGCUGACGCUAUUCUGGGCUGCGCCGCCGUAUCUGCGGCCUCCGAUCGGGCAUCUUCGAGAUGUUAUCAUCCUGGGGAGAUCGCAUGCUCAAGCGCGAAUCCUGAGCGUCAAAGCCUGGUAUUACCUGACGCGUCUGCAGCUGGGCAGUGAUGGCGCCUGCGACCUUUCAGAGACGGGUGAGUGGUAUGCCGAUUUGCUGAGGUACAGUCUCGAAGAUUACCUCCAGCUGGAGGAUGUUGUCUCGGGGAUCUCGAUCGAAGAGUCAAAGAGACGGAGAGCGAAUAUUAGGGCGUAUGAGGCGCUGCUGAAGGAUUCGCUGAAGUAUGUGAGAAUGCUUGUGUGUGCGCAUAAUCUCAUUCGGACUGCCGAGCAGGCUAUCGGAGUUUUGAAAUACGCAAACAUUGGAGAACUAUUCAACAACGGUCUCAGUCUCCCUGGUAAAGUCCUCACAGAAGCGCUCCAGAUUGUUAAGGAUUUUGUGUCUCUGGCCGACCGGAUAAUUCAAAGUCCGCUGCCUCCGCAUGUAGACGAGGAUUCGCCAGAUAGCUAUUUGGACGAUGGCCUGGCGCAGUAUAUAUUGGAAGAGGAGAACCGUCAGUUCCAGGACGAGAAGCGUGAGAAGCUUGCACAGGCUGUUCUCGAUCUCGUAUUCAAUCAACUUCACCAGCUACUCUCCAACCUCGUCGGCGUCACGCGUGACAACGAAACCGAAAGCAUGGCACAGACAGAGGAAGCACUGAUGGUUUGCGCGAUUGAGACCUGGGCAGUGGUUGCCAAAUUCGUAAUCUCUGCGCGAUUUAAAGAUUGGAGUUAUUUCCUCGAAGGACGGGGCGCGUGGUCGUGGUUUGCAAAUACGAGACGGAAGAGUGCGUAUGAAAAGGUCUGGAUGGAGCAGUUUGAUCGGUUGAGGGGGUUACAGUUGCGGGAGUUGGAAGAAUAGAUGGGCAUGUGUAUUUUUAUUUGCUUGUAUUUUUAUAGAUCUUUAAUAUCUCGUCAUGAGUUCUUUCUCAUUUGUUGAA